AUGCGGCUGCCCGAGCAACCUGGAGAGGGGAAGCCUGAGAAUGAGGAAAAGGGGGGCAGAGGAGCCCCCGGAGGGGGAGAGGAGCCGCCGAGGAGCCAGGCCCCCGACUUCCCCACUUGGCAAAAGAUGCCUUUCCACCAUGUGACCGCUGGCUUGUUGUACAAGGGGAAUUACCUCAACCGAUCCCUGUCCGCGGGCAGCGACAGCGAGCAGCUUGCUAAUAUCUCCGUGGAGGAGCUGGACGAGAUCCGAGAGGCCUUUCGGGUUCUGGACCGAGAUGGGAACGGCUUCAUCUCCAAGCAGGAGCUAGGAAUGGCCAUGCGCUCUUUGGGGUACAUGCCGAGUGAGGUGGAACUGGCCAUCAUCAUGCAGCGCCUGGACAUGGACGGGGAUGGCCAGGUGGACUUUGAUGAAUUCAUGACAAUUCUUGGCCCCAAACUCGUGUCUUCCGAAGGUCGCGAUGGUUUUCUCGGAAACACAAUAGACAGCAUAUUCUGGCAGUUCGACAUGCAGAGGAUAACUCUGGAGGAGCUGAAGCACAUCCUCUACCACGCCUUCCGGGACCACUUGACAAUGAAGGACAUCGAGAACAUCAUCAUCAACGAGGAGGAGAGCCUGCAGGAGACCUCGGAGAACUGCCAGACAGAGUUCGAAGGAGUGCAUGCGCAGAAACAGAACAGGCAGACCUGCGUCCGCAAGAGCCUCAUCUGCGCCUUCGCCAUGGCCUUCAUCAUAAGCGUCAUGCUGAUCGCGGCCAACCAGAUCCUCCGGAGCGGCAUGGAGUAGGCCGCCCCCCCACCGGGCUGCGUGCCCAGCUCACCGCGCAUGCGCAUGCCCAGCGGGCAGACUCUGUUCCUCCGCAAAAGCAGAUACGGUUGCAGACCAGGCACGGUCGGGCGAAGACCCCCCAAGGCUGCAGUGCAACAGGUGUUGACCAUUCACUUCAUCUCCUUGGCAGGGACA